GGGCGCUGUCCUCUAACCUACGCGUCCCAGCAACAGGGCGCCGUCAUUGCUCAGAAUCUGCCUUUUCCUCAACUUUUUGUCCGCCGCUGUUAUUAGGACGAGCGGAAGGGAAGUAGCGGCAGGCUAGCGCCGGUUAGCCGGUGGAAGCGAUUUCUGGUUGGAAACAUUCAGCUGUUUUUAAAGCCGUCCUUUUUUAGUCUUUUCUUUGGAAACGACUUCGUCUGACAUUUUCCCUCAACGGAAAGGAUGCGAGUUCGCCCCCGGCCGCCUCGGUGUUGGCUCCAGCGACCCUCCAGCUUGACAACACCGAGCUUUGUGUGACUCUCCCGGGACUUCUUCGUUUGGGACGAGGCAGCCUUCGGUCAACGGAGGAGCGGAGACCCGGGAGACGCUCCGACCGGCUCUGAAAGCGUUUUUAUAUAGUUUCCAACGGUCGCGGGCAGAACCGAGGACUCCAGCAGGACAAUGAGACAACGACCCGUAGAAGAAGAAGGUGCUGCUUGGUGAGACCGGCGGUGGCGGUGCGGCAUGCUGAGGCCACUCCCCCUGGCUCAGGAUGAGUGUCAUAGAUGGCCCUGCCACCAUGGCAACGAAUGGAGUUGGAGGGGGGGGCGGGCCAGUCGGCCCAGGUGGGCCUAAGGAUGAUGAUGGCCGCACAUACCUGCUUCAGAUCUAUCCGCGGCUGGCCGGACAGUCGUCUGCGUGCUGCGACCUGAGGGUGCAGAAGGAUGCAACGGCAGCCUCUGUGAUCUCUGAAGCGGCGGCAGAACUGGGGCUGGACCCCGGCCGUCUGUACGUCCUGGCUGAGGUGAAGGAGUGCGGUGGGGAGGAGUGGGUGCUGGAGGCUGCAGACCAGCCCGUUCAGAGGUUUCUGCUGUGGCCCCGGAAAGCGCAGGAAAAGCAUCCUCAGAGCUUUGGCUUUUACUUCCUGCUUCAGGAGAGGAAUAAUGAUGGCUCCAUCCAUUACGUACACCUCCCACCUUUGACCAAGGAGCAGGAGGCGCAGCGGCUUGCUGCCAGGGGCUUUCUUCCUCCGCCUCAGGAUGAUUUUGCAGAUCUCUGCAACCUCCCCGUCCUCAAUGAGGACCGCAUAUUAAACAAUCUGCGCUCACGCUUCUAUAAGAAAAAGAUCUACACCUACGCAGGCAGCAUUCUCAUCGCCAUCAACCCCUUCAAGUUCCUCCCCAUCUACAACCCCAAAUACGUCAAGAUGUACGAGAACCACCAGCUGGGCAAACUGGAGCCUCAUAUUUUUGCCAUUGCAGAUGUGGCUUACUAUGCAAUGCUCAGGAAGAAAAUCAACCAGUGUAUCGUCAUCUCUGGGGAGAGCGGCUCAGGCAAAACCCAGAGCACCAACUUUUUGAUCCACUGCUUGACCGCACUUAGCCAAAAGGGCUACGCCAGCGGAGUGGAGAGGACCAUUCUUGGAGCUGGACCAGUUCUAGAGGCCUUUGGUAACGCCAAGACUGCCCACAACAACAACUCCAGUCGAUUUGGCAAAUUCAUUCAGGUGAACUAUCUGGAGAGCGGAGUGGUCCGAGGCGCUGUGGUGGAGAAGUACCUCCUGGAGAAGUCUCGCCUGGUCUCCAGAGAGAAGAACGAGAGGAACUACCACGUGUUUUAUUACCUGCUUUUGGGUGCUUCAGAGGAAGAAAGGAAAGAAUUCAAAUUGCUGCCACCUGAAGAAUAUUCCUACCUCAAGCAGGAGAAUUUCAAGAUUGAGGAUGAGGAAGAUUUGCGUCAUGAUUUUGAACGGCUGCAGCAGGCGAUGGAGAUGGUUGGCUUCCUUUCAGCCACCAAGAAACAGAUCUUUUUGGUUCUUUCUGCAAUCCUUUAUCUGGGUAACGUGACAUACCAGAGGAAGUCAAACGGCAGAGACGAAGGCUUGGAGGUGGGGCCCCCGGAGGUCCUAGCAACCCUGUCUGACCUUCUGAAGGUUAAAGAGGAGCUGCUGGUUGAAGCACUGACCAAGAGGAAAACGGUGACGGUCAAUGACAAGCUCAUCCUGUCCUACAGCCAGUCUGAGGCCAUCACAGCCAGAGACUCCAUGGCCAAAUCCCUGUACAGUGCCUUGUUUGACUGGAUUGUCCUUCGCAUUAACCAUGCAUUACUCAACAAAAAAGACAUGGAGGAGUCUGUCCCAUGCUUGUCCAUCGGUGUUCUGGACAUUUUUGGCUUUGAGGACUUUCCCAACAACAGCUUUGAGCAGUUCUGCAUCAACUAUGCCAACGAGCAGCUGCAGUAUUACUUCAACAACCAUAUCUUCAACCUGGAGCAGGAGGAGUACCAAUCAGAGGGAAUCACCUGGCACAACAUCCACUACACAGACAACGUAGGCUGCAUCCAUCUCAUCAGCAAGAAGCCCACAGGCUUGUUUUACCUACUGGACGAGGAGAGCAACUUCCCACAUGCCACGGAUGAGACCUUGUUGGCUAAAUUCAAGCAGCAGCACCUGGGCAACAAGUACUUUGUGCCCACGCAGGUCAUGGAACCGGCCUUCGUCAUUCAGCACUUUGCAGGGAAAGUCAAGUACCAGAUUAAGGAUUUCCGUGAGAAGAACACUGACCACAUGCGUCCAGACAUCGUGGCGCUGCUGAGGAGCAGCGACAGCGCCUACGUGCGGCAGCUCAUUGGGAUGGACCCCGUGGCCAUGUUCCGAUGGGGCAUCUUACGCGCCACCAUCAGGGGUAUUUCUGCUUUUAACGAGGCUGGACGCUCCUGGGCGGCUAAGACGUCAGGCGUUGUCCGUUCAAAAUCCAGAAGUCCUCUGAGCGAGCUUCAGCGGCCCAAUACCCCCAUAGAAAAAAUGUACAAACGAGCCUCUUUGCUCGAUUUCUACUUUGAUCACUCUGAGGAGCGCCCUCUAGAGGCCUUUGAAGACAUCUUUGCUAGCUAUGAGAGGAAGAAAGAAAUGCAUGCAGAGAUGAUCAGCUCCAUUAAGAACUUGCAGCUGGAUGGGGAGGACCCGCGCAAGCUGCUGCAGUCAUGGGGUCGCCUCCGCUUCCCCCGACACAUCCUCCAGAAAAAUAAGAGCAUCAAGCAGAAACAAGCCAUCCCAAAGAGUCUGCUGGACUCACGGUCUUUGAAGCUUAUUGUGAGUCUGACCCUCCAUGACCGCACUACCAAGUCUCUUCUGCACCUUCACAAGAAGAAGAAGACUCCCAGCAUCAGCGCUCAGUUCCAGAACUCUCUGACCAAACUGUUGGAGACUCUUAAUAAGGCUGAACCUUUCUUCAUUCGCUGCAUCCGCUCCAAUGCUGAGAAGAAGGAGAUGCAUCUGGACGAGGCGCUGGUGCUGCAGCAGCUGCAUUACACAGGGAUGCUGGAGACGGUUCGCAUCCGGAGGUCAGGCUAUGGAGCCAAAUACCACUUCCAGGAGUUCAUUCAGCAGUUCAGAGUUCUGCUGCCAAAGAACCUCUCGGAUUCUAAAGAGGACAUCUCUUUGCUACUUGAGAAGAAAGUGGGCCUCGACCCCACCAUGUACCAGAUCGGCAAAACCAAGGUGUUUCUAAAGGAGCUGGAGAGGCAGAAGCUCUUGGACAUGCUGCACAAGGAUGUGAUGCAGAAGAUCAUCUUCCUACAGCGCUGGUUCAGAGCUCGCCUGCAGAGGAAGCAGUUCCUCGAGAUGAAAGAAGCAGCUGUCGUAAUCCAACGCUCGUGGCGUGGGUUCUGCAAAGAUGAGCAGAUGCGACACGCAGCCAAGUUGAUCCAGAGCUUGUGGAGGGGCCACAGACAGAGACUCAAGUACCAACGACAAAGACGAGGAGCCACAAAGAUACAGGCGCUGGUCAGAGGACACUCUGCACGAAGACGAUGUCACUCCAUACGAGAGGAGAAACGAAAGAAAGAGGUGGAAGAAACUGAGAUGAAAAGGAGGGAAGAGGAGGAAGAGGCAAGAAGACGAGCAGAAGAAGUUGCAAGGAGACUGGCUGAGGAGGAGGAACGGAAAAGAGCUGAAAAACUGAGAGAGGAAGAGGAGGAAAGACCGGCUGGAGAACCUCAGACGAGAGAAGAUCCAGAUAUAGAGCUGCUAGCAGAGGAGACGCUGGACAGAAACCUCCCUGUCCUGGAAGUGCAGUUGGAAGAGGACAACGAGGAAAGAAAGCAGCAGAGCGAGGAUGAGGAGCUCAGGAAAAGGUCUGAGGCUGGACCUCAUAUGGGUGAGGAUGAGGAGGAAGAGCACCAACAGUCCGACUCAGAGGGAAACGCAUCCUCUGCUCUUCCAUCCUCAUCUUCACCUGAGCAGAAGGAUGAAGAGGCCAGCGGAAACUCCACAACUUCUGCUGAAGAAGCUGGACAGAAGAAGGAACAAUUUCAUCCCAUCAUGCGGCGUGUUUCCUCCCGGAACCAGGAGAAAAGGGAGCUGAGGAGACAGAGAGGCUUGGAGCACAAUCAGAGAGAGACUGAACGUGCCGCCUUGACUUCCUCCUCCUCCCCCUCCUCCUCGGCCACAAGCCAAGACAAGACGUCUUCGAGGAGCAAAAGCCAGGAGAGCUUGGUACUGAAGGAGCGGUCAGAGAGCAAGGAGCUGGACCAGUACACCUUUGUUGCUUGGAAAGUGAAGGAAGACAAGGGAGGCAAAAAGGAACCUAAACUACCUUCCGCCAACCCCACCCGUCCAUCUUUUCUACCCCUUCAGUCAGCUGACUCUGAAAACCAGAAAAACGAACUAGGCGAGGGUUUGGGGGCUAUAAAUCUGCAUCGCCGUCCAGGAGCCAUGAAGGAAAGGCCAGAAAAAUGGAGGGGAAAGAGGAGUAAUGGGGAGAUCCCCUCAGAGACCUCCUCUGCUGCGCCUCCAAACAAAGAUGAAAGGAUGAAAGAGGCUCUUGUAAGCAAAGCUGCUGCUCCAUCCUCUGACAGAUUGUCCCCCGGGUCUGAAGGAGCUAACUUUGUCUCAGACAGAGAGCAGGUUCUUUCCUCGUCAGAGAGUUAUGCCGACGGCUCCAGAGGAAGCUCCUUCAGGAGAAAGAGCCACGAGAGUUCUGCUAGCCAAGACUCCGCCCACUCUUUCCCAGUCACACCUGACAGGUCAGGUGGUUUUCUCAGCAAAAUCCUAAAAAAACGACCCCACAGGGAGGCUCAAACUCCAGAUAACGGCGAGCUGACAUUGGCUCAGAGUCUCAGUGACAAGUCAGCCUCAGGAGAAGGACACUCAUCCAGGUCCGUUUCCCAGCCCCACAUGGACCAUCCUGGGAAGACGAUGGGCAGAAACCCCUCCAUUAAGAUCAGUCGGGCCACACGGGUCUCUGAGCAGCUUAGCGCCUCGCUGGACCGAGAAAUCACAAACACCAACGAGCUGCGACACCUCGAUGAGUUUCUGGCCAACCAGGUUAAUGAUUUCCGCUCCAGAGGCAAGCCCCUGUCAGAUACGGAAGCCAUCUUUGUCUCAGCCACCAAAGAGUUCAGGGAAACCAUCAAGUCCAUGUAUUCUGUUCCUAAACUAACAACUGGCUAUAAAGGCCUGAUGGCAGGUUACCAGAACAAAGUCAGCCACCUAGCAGGCAGCAAAAACAAGGAAGAAGUCAAGCUGGUGGUCAACCUCUUCCAGACCAUGCUGGAUGGCUUCAUCAGAGGAGAGAUCAAGAAGGAGGAAGCUGAGCCUGCAAAGCCUCUGAAAACUCGAAAGAAAAGAAGAAAAAAGGACAAAAGUAUGGAGAGUCCUCUGGAUCACGUUUUCAUUAACUAUCAGGUCAGCAUUGUGCAGUCAUGUGACCAAUGCACCUCCUACAUCUGGGCCAUGGAUAAAGCCUACAUGUGUAACUAUUGCAAAAUGGUUUGCCACAAGAAGUGCCUCUCUAAAAUAGUGACUGACUGUUCCUCCUUCUGUGCCAAAAAGAAUGAGGAGGAGUUCAGCGGCCAGCACUUCGGGGUGAAGGUGUGUCACCUGGUCAGUGAGAAGAAUCCGGUUCCCACGGUGCUGGAGAUGAUGCUGGAGCACGUGGAGAUGCACGGCCUCUAUACAGAAGGCAUCUAUAGGAAAUCUGGAUCUGCCAACCGCAUGAAGGAGCUGCACCAGCGCUUAGGGACCGACCCCCAUCUGGUUUGCCUGGAGGACGAGCCCAUCCACACAGUGACAGGCCUGGUGAAGCAGUGGCUGCGGGAGCUGCCAGACCCUCUGAUGACCUUCACGCUGUACAACGAUUUCCUGCACGCAGUCGAGCUGCCAGAGAAGCAGGAGCAGCUCCAGGCCAUUUACAAGGUGCUGGAGCAGCUUCCCUCCUCAAACUUCAACACGUUGGAGCGACUUGUGUUUCACCUCGUCAGGGUCGCUAAAGAAGAGCCUCACAAUCGCAUGUCCUCCAACUCGUUGGCCAUCGUGUUUACCCCGUGCGUCCUGCGCUGUCCAGACAGCGAGGACCCCUUCCUCAGCAUGAAUAAUGUCAAAAAAGCAACCAUGUGUUUGGAGAUGCUCAUCAAUGAGCAAACCAGGCGCUACAAUGAAAAAAUGGAGGAGAUUGAGCAGCUGGAAUAUGCUGAAGCUCUGGCCGUCAACCAGCUGAAGCUCCGCAGACAGAACACGCCCUUCCUGCAUUUACCUCUCAGAUUCUCAGCUCCUUACAAAGGAGUGGUGAUGCACGAGAAGGUGAACUCGGAUCUCAGCGUGGUUCCGGAGAACGAGCCGCUGGACUCGGACACGGAGGCCGAAAACAGCCUGGUGGAACGCAUCAAGUCCAUCAGACACGAGAAGGACGACCUGGCCUGCAGACUGCCAGAGAUGGAUCAGCCUGGUUCUGACCAGGAGAACCUGGACUCGGAAGCCUCGCUGAGCUCAGAGAGUCUUCUGGAUGAACAGCAGCGUACGACCUACAGCUCGGAGCCGGACGGUCGAAGUGGCCAACAGAUCAGGAGACACAGACCAGUUUUUCCUACCAGACCGUCAGACCUCACCCAAAGGUCCAAAAACCCAGACCCGUCCCCGGGAAGCCUCACUCCUUCCAGCUCCACCUCCUCGCUGUCGAGCUGCACGUCUACGACGUCCGAGUCCUCCAAGUCGUUUGUACGGCUUCAGCUGCACCGCCGCAGCCCCAUCAUCCCAGACACGGUGAAACUCCCCCUGGGCGUCCUUUCCCAGCCGGCCGGCUCGGGUCCGCCUCAGACCAGCUCUCCUCUUGGAACUAUAACAUUUCAGAAUGCGGUCACCAAGAGAGGAAACGCCGCCCGGCGCAAAGACAGCACCCGCUCGCUGGUCAUCGACAGCUCCGAGUGUGACAAGUUUAGGAAUUUCUCCUCGUGCCCUCCUUCAGCUUCCUCCUCCUCCUCCUCCAUCUCCAUGGUUACGCCGUCUCCUCCGCUCCAGCAACUCAAGAUAGGUACCUCAGCAGGACACAGACGCUUUUCUGACCCAGACAUACCGUACAUGGAUGAGGAUGUCUGACCGGGCCGGACGACGCUCAUUUAGGAGCUGGAAAGAUCCAAAUCCCAGCAGACAAAGGAGCUGUGUGUGUGUUUGUGUGUGUUUGUGCACACGCACUUUGUUUGUCCCACAGCUUCACAGACUGGUUUUCAGAAAGGUCUUUAGAUCAAAAUAACUGGACAGGUUGUUGCCAAGCACCUUUACUAACAUUUGAAAAUGUUUGGGUUUCCUGAACCUUGAGCUGCGUCUUCCGCAGUUUUUUUUUUUUUUUUUUAUUUGUGCUAAAUUGAAAAAAUGAUUGCAGGUUUCAUUUGCACUCUCCCUUCCUUUGUUUUUGUAAGGAGUAAAACUGCUCACUGAACGGCGACUUAGUGCCUUUUCCAUCCAGUUGAUUAUAUUUCCCAUAAUGCUAAGGGAGGGAGGGAAAGCCGGGACUUGUGUUUUUAUUGCGCUGAAGUGGCCAAAGUGCCUUCAUCCUGAGGACAAACUUCUUCUUUUAGCUUCUGCACCACCACAUGUCACUGCUUUUAGACGGCAAAGGGAAACGGGAGCAGCACACGCCACUUUCUCCAUGAAACGAAAACACGCCGCCAUACCUGUGAGGCUUCCUGAGCGCAGCCUCUCCCCAAACGAACGCACGCGUGUGGACAGACCACGUUCUGCUGGCCGAUGUACGAAAUGUAAUACUAAUGCUUCCUGUCUGGGUUUUAAGGACGACGUCUGCCGUCUUAUCAGUGAAUGUCUGAGUGAUUCCAGCUGUUGUUGGUAUUAAGAAGAAAAUACACAACGUGAUGCUUGUAAUUCCCUCCAUUGUGUCUUUAAUGCGUAGAGAUGCUGAACGUGUAGGUCUGUGAGGAGAAGCAAAGGAGAUUGAAGGAGUCGGAGCAGCUAAGGGUAAAGAAAUGGAGACAGCUGAGCUGAUCCGUUGGGAUUUUUCUGCCUUUUCUCCCUCAAGCUGCAAAAUGAGUCUAUGAUCCAUUUAGAUGCUUUAGGAAUUUAGCAUUGUAGACUUCAAAUUAGAUGUUGGAGCAGACCAGACAGCAGUCAUUCUACUUUUAUAAUAUCUAUAACAUCUAAUUCCUGAUAGUCUUCCUCUGUAAAAAUGUAACAGCCAGAAGUUUCUAGAAUAAAAGCCAAACUGAACAUUUGUUGAACCUUUAGGUGAAUUAAAGCUACGAACGGCAGGCGCUACCCCUCAGGGGUGUCCACAUGAGGGAGGGGUCCUCCCCCAGGAGGAUUGACUAAUUCAAUGAAAAAGCACUUUUUUCAAAAUGCCGCUUUUCUGUUGGUUUAUCGCCAUAGCAACCAUUUUAUGUAUUGGUCACCUGGGAGUUUUUUUUAACCACGCCCACAUUGUUGAUGUGUCCGUGUCGUAUGUCACAUCAUUUCAUUCAGCAGGAGCCAACGAUUCAUGUAUCGACAAUGUUCCAGUAAAAAAAACACGUUUGAGCGACGGGAACGGCCCUUUUGAGAGCUGGAUAAUAAAGAUAUGAUGGCCUUGAUCAACAAA